AGCAGGUGGCGGUAAAAGACCAGGAAUGAAGACAGUGACACUACAGGAAGUGACAGUCUGUACAGAGCACGCGCACAUCCUGCUGCACGUGAGUCAGAGUCCAGUUCCUCACGAGCCUGGAGCAGAAUGAGUGCAGCGGGGGGGGGCUCGGCCCUGCGGGUCCACGCGGUGCGGGUCGGCCCGGGUCGCGAGCUGCUCGCCGCUCUGCAGGCGCUCGUGAUAGAGCGGCGACUUCGGGCGCCGUUCAUCCUCAGCUGCGUGGGCAGCCUCACCAAGGCAACGCUCCGACUGGCCAACGCCACCGCGACCAACACAAACGAGGUGAUCCAGCUGAGCGGUCGGUUCGAGAUCGUCUCCCUGGUCGGAACCCUGAACCCGGAGGCCCACCUCCACAUCUGCCUGGCGGACGGCGAGGGCAGGACGGUGGGGGGGCACGUGCUGGGGGGGCUGGAGGUGUUCACCACGGCCGAGCUGGUGGUCGGGGAGGCGCCGGACCUGCAGUUCACCAGAGAGAUGGACGAGCACACGGGGUUCCCCGAGCUCGUGGUUCAGCCGCGGUCACAGACGGAGAAAUGACCGGUCGGUUCUGAUCCAGAUGCUGAUCCAGAUGCUGAUCCAGAGGCUGAUCCAGAUGCUGAUCCAGAGGCUGAUCCAGAUGCUGAUCCAGAUGCUGAAGGAGUGAAACACGAGGUGAUCAACAAUCUGUGUUUCUGAUCCAAGGUUAUUUGCUGUGAUUUCAAACCUGUAAACAAACUCUAAAGAAUAAACACUCGUCUGUGGCUCGGCUGCUCACUGAGCAUCAUCAC